AUGGCGGCGGCGGCGCGGUGGCUGGCGUUGCGGGUUGCGCGGCCGGCGCCGGCCCCGGCGCGCGCGGUCUGGAGGAGCGUCCUUGCGGGCCCCCUGCGCCCAGGGGUGCCCUGGAGCCCAAGCAGGGGUGGCAGUUCUGCAGCCGAAGCACCUGCCACGAAAGCGGAGGACGGCUCCUCUCUCCAGUGGUUCCUGCUUCUCGUUCCCGUGACUGCCUUUGGCCUGGGGACCUGGCAGGUCCAGCGUCGGAAGUGGAAGCUGCAGCUGAUAGCGGAGCUCGAGUCCAGAGUUAUGGCCGAGCCCAUCCCUCUGCCAGCAGACCCGAUGGAACUGAAGAACCUGGAGUACAGGCCAGUGCGGGUCAGGGGGCACUUUGACCACUCCAAGGAGCUGUACAUGAUGCCUCGGACGAUGGUGGACCCGGCCCGGGAGGCCCGGGAGGCCGGCCGCCUCUCUUCCUCGCCAGAGAGCGGGGCCUACGUUGUCACCCCCUUCCGCUGCACUGAGCUGGGAAUCACCAUCCUGGUAAAUAGAGGGUUUGUCCCCAGGAAGAAAGUGAAUCCAGAUACGCGGCAGAAAGGCCAGAUUGAGGGAGAAGUGGACCUAGUUGGGAUGGUGAGGCUGACAGAAACCAGGAAGCCCUUUGUCCCUGAGAACAAUCCCGAAAGAAACCACUGGCAUUACCGGGACCUGGAGGCCAUGGCCAGGCUCACGGGCGCAGACCCCAUCUUCAUUGAUGCUGACUUCCAGAGCACAGUCCCCGGAGGACCUGUCGGAGGGCAAACCCGAGUCACUCUGAGGAAUGAGCACAUGCAGUACAUCAUCACCUGGUAUGGACUCUGUGCAGCUACAUCAUACCUGUGGUUUAAGAAAUUCCUACAUCGGACCCCUGGUGUGUGAGAGAUGUAGCCCUUUCCCUAAGUUAUGAGGAAGCGGCUGUUUUCCAGAGAUUUGUUUUCACGUGGGAUCAGGCACUAUUGGCAUAAGUAAAUAAAUCUCUACAUCGCACUUUGUACCGUA